AUGCCAGAGCUACCCAAACCCACUGGCAACACCGGCCUUGCCUACAUAAUCAAUGCUGCAGUUUCGGAUGAAGAGAUGACUGUGAUGUUCUCAAACAAACAGACACAUUCGCUGAUUGAGUCUGUUGAUACAGGCAGGGGAGAAGGGAAGCCAGUUCCAGUGCUGCCUCUACACAAGCUCCUCCCAAGUUGGCUCCCACAUGUCGAUUAUUUGAAGAUUGACACGCAGGGCCAUGAACUGAAGGUCUUGCGUGGAUGCCUGAAGCUCUUCGAAGAGGCCCGCUGCCGCUACAUUAGCUUCGAGUUCAGCCCACUGCUUAUGAGACAUGCGAAGUCUGGCGAUCCUCUCGUGUUGCUGAAGCUUCUGCCGAGUAUGGGCGCGCUCUGCUACACUGCAAGCGCUCCGCAUGAACACCUGCGUCCAGGAGCGGCCUGGCCUUUGGAGGAGUGGUUCCGGCUGCUGGAGACCGGAAGCUGGCUAGGCUACAAGGGCAUCGUCAAGGGUGGCUUCGGGGCUUGGGUAGAUCUCUUGUGCACCUGGCCGGUCACGACACUGCGCAACCCGAAGACCACGGCGAAGUGGACCGCCAACAGAACUGUGAGAGAACUCAUGCUGGACCACCAGUGCCCAGACAAAGUCAAGUACAACCUCAGCGAGGACGACAGAUCUGCUUUGGAGCGUACCAGGAUGAGUAGUGCGGAGAUGGGCCGCUUUGGCAUCUUCGAUGACUUGCAGGCAUGCUUUGAGCGGAACUCUAAGAUGCCGGGCUUUCUGGAAAAGUCCGGCGCGGGCCAGUUUGUGAUAGACAUUGGCGUUGGAUGGGAGGCCAAAGAGAUGAGACUGGCAGUCCAGAACGGCUUCACGGUCUUUGCUUUUGAGAUGCUCCCUGGGAACAUACAGGAGAUGAAAGAACUGGUUAUAGGCGACUCCCGGUUUCAUUUUGUGGAGCUCCGGAAGGACGGGGAUCGAUGGGUACUACCAGAGCUGCCCAAAGCCACUGGCAGCACUGGCAUUGCCUACGUCAUCAAUGCUGCAGUCUGGGACGAGGAGACGACGGUGACGUUUCCGGAGAGUCUGAAACGCUCUCACACGGAGUCGGUAACGACUGGGCGGAACGAGGGAAGGCCUAUUCCAGUCUUGCCUCUACACAAGCUCCUUCCGAAGUGGCUACCGCACGUGGAUUACAUGAGGAUCGAGACCCAAGGGCACGAGCUGAAGGUCUUGCGUGGCUGCGAGAGAGUGUUGCGGGAGCCUCACAGUCGCUAUAUACAGUUCGUUUUUGCUCCCUGGCUCAUAAAGCGAGCUCAGACUGGAGAUCUUAUGGAGUUGCUUCGGUUCCUGCCGGGCAUGGGAGCGCUAUGCUACACAGCGAGUUCACCGAAGCUGCAUCUUCGACCUGGAGCUCCCUGGCCACUGCGGGACUGGCUCAAGCUCCUGGAUGAAGGCAACUUUACUGGCUACAACCGCCCUGUUGGGAUGAAAGACCACUACAAAAUGUGGAUGUAUGGACCCUGGGUGGACAUCCUCUGCUACUGGCCGAUCACUUCCUCGAGCCUUGAGGAACCGACCACAAGCCAAAGCAGCUUUGGUCUGGAGGUGACACCACCCGGCGAGCAGAAUCUGCAGCAGGUGUUGUUGCAGAAACCACCUAUGACUCAGCCGCAGGCACUCUUUGCAAACAGCAUGAGUGUUUGGGCUGGUGUCCUUCCUCUCAUCUUCGGAUGGUGUAUCCUUGUCGCGCUACGCUGCCUCCGGCUGCGGCGAGUGGCUCCCUUUGACGGCCGGCCGGCAGCGAUGACGGACCUCAGCGGCCCUGAGCUCCUCGCAGCGGUCGCCAGGGCCGAGACUGCGGCCGAAGAGGCUGAGGAGCGGGCCAGGGAUCUUCGCGCCGAAAGUGAUCGCCUGCGUGCGGAACUCGCCCGUCGAUCUCCUUCGGAGCUCUUGGCGGCUGGCGAGCGCAGUCUCGAUGACCGCGAAUGGGCUUUGAAGCGCGAGUGGACGGAUCAGCCCUUCCAAGAAGGGCCGGAAAAGAAUCGCGAGCGUCUCGAGGCGUUCGAGGCAACGCUCGUGGAACGCCUGCAGAGGUCGUGUGGCAAAGCUUUGCAGCUCCGUCCCAGUUCAGAGAAGGGCCAGAUCAGUGCCGAUGAACACACCGACGUCCUAGCUUCAGCGCUGCAGCCGUUGAUCCACUCGGGCAGAUCGCUGGAAGAGAUCAAAGCGGCGGUUUUCCAAGACCCAGAGGUGCUUGGCACGGCACUUGAUAUCGUCGGGGCCUACCUGAAGAAUUAUGAGACGGAUUUGCAAGCCAUGUUUCCUUGCGCCGGUGUGCGGAGGGCUUUCUCCAGCAAAGGCUAUCGAGUGAAGAGAGUGCGAUAUCCAUGGAAGGAGGAGCUCAUGCGAGACUCCUGGAGCUUUCUCAAGCAGGAUAUGAUCGCGCACUUCCGGCAGAUGCCUGAGAGGGACUCCACAGUGCACAUCCGUGCAGACCCGUGGCCGAGGUUCACGAUGAAGGAGUUUCUCGCAGAGAAGGGCCUUCUGCCCGCGGUGAUCACGAAGUACGGGCCAAACCGGAAGGUCACCUUCAACAAGGCUGAGAUGGAACGGAUAGCUUUCGACGAGCCCGAAGGACACGUGUCGCACCUGUUCAAAGGCCGGCUCUUCCGUAUCCACGUGGGCCAAUGGAUAGAGGAAUGUGUGGUGAAGGACUUGCAAGCCCAUCCGGUGGAGCAGGAGCUGUACUUUGUGCGCUUCGAACGGCAUGUGCCUGGGAACAUGACAGUGGUACCGAUUCCGGUGUCGAUCUCAGGUCUCUGGGGAUGCCCCGGCUACCGGAAGGGCGGCCACGUGGAAGUGGCCUUGCCGACCGUUCUUUGCGAGGUGGUUGGUGAGCGGAUACCUCCUCCGCUAAUCGUCGAUGUCAGCAACCUUCAUCUCGAAGAUCCUUUCGGCAAGAUCACCCUUAGAGACAUGCUUGCCCUUCUUCCCAAGGACGGAACAGUGCGUUUCGCGCGAGACUACAGCAUGGACGAAGAAGUGGUCACGUGUUAUGACCCGAAGGCUCUUGGUGAAGUUCCUCUGCCACACGAUUGGCAAGAUCCGAACUUCGACCACCGUGGGGGUCGCUACCACUUGACGUACACCGGCUUCUGGCCCAAGCAGACGACGCGGGUUGACAAAGCUGGAGCCGUGGUUGAAACAGUGCUUCCGUACUGCCGGGCUCGUGGUGGCCUUUGGCAAAUCAAG